CAAUACACCAUAUUUGCGCCAUAUGCUUCGGAGUACACAGAUCAUUGCUUGUCUGGGCCGUCCGCCGAACCAUUUCCACUGGCUGUGACUGACCUCAUCGACUUCGCUCCGGUUCAGGACCUACCCUGGCUGUUCCAGAUGGCAACUCCAAAACCACAACGGCAUGACCCGCCCGACUUCUCCUCGCCCUCCUCUUCGACCCUCUCCCCUUCUUCGCGACAACAAAUUACCGACAACAGCAACAACUACCCCUCGACGUCGCCCUACGUGCCCUCGUCCUCGACCAAUGGAAACCCAACCUAUGCCGCCUUCUCCCCGGCAACCCUCUCGACGACGACGUCUUCGGCGAACAAGCGCCGCAGCACUAUCCUAGUCCACCAGAAAUCGCCCCUCCUCCUCGCAACACCGCCGCAAAUCACACGCGCCCUGGCCUACAGCCAUCCUUUCCUUCUACCCCUCAACAAACUCGCCGGCCUUCUGAGCUGGACCACCGACGACCAGUACGAGAGUUUCCUGCUGGUGGCUGUGUUUUGGGGCGUCGUGCUGUAUGGCGACCUUCUUCUCCGCGUGGCCGGGCCGCUGCUCGUCGUGCUGGCCCUCAUCGGCGGCAUGUACGGCCGGCGCUUCAGCCCGCUGAGCAGCAGCGGCUGGAGCGAGCCCGCCACCACGCAGAGGGAAGGCGGCAGCGGCGGCAGCAGCAGUGGUAGCCCCGAGGCGAAGAGACAUGUUUCCGGACAGAUGAACGGUGCGGCGUCGGCGUCGUCAGACACCAACAUGGACGGGCAGCCAAACGGCAAGCCGCGCGGCAAGCCCGAGGCGACGGGGACGCGGCACCGCAAGACGCUGGACGAGAUGGUGGAGACGCUGCGCGAGUUCACGUCGCGGUGCAACAUAAUUCUGGAGCCGCUCCUGGAGCUGACCGACUUCCUCAGCACGCAGCGCACGCCGACGUCGGCCACCACCCGCCCAGCCCUCACGGCGCUGCUCAUCCGCAUCCUGCUCUGCACCCCGUUCUGGUUCGCUCUGACGCUGCCGCCACUGAGGGUCGUGACGGCGCGCCGGGUCGUGCUCGUCGCCGGCACGCUGGCGCUCACCUGGCACUCGAGGGUGUGCUGCGUCACCCGUACGCUGCUGUGGCGGUCGCGGUCCGUGAGGAAGCUGGCUGCGCUGGUGACAGGGCUCGAGUUUGACGGGACGGCUGCUGCCAACGGCGCUGCCGUCGUGGGCGAACGGGGCUUGAUCGACGUGGGGGCCGCGACGUCGCUGGCGGCCACGGACUCGGCGGCGGCCACGGGGCGCGAGUCGGAGCUGUCCAAGGCCAUCAGGCGGCAGUCUACCAAGGCGAACGGCAAGGGGCUGGCACGGGACACGGGGGUCCGAUUCACUUUUAUCAUUUACGAGAAUCAGCGGCGGUGGGUGGGGCUCGGAUGGACGUCGAGCCUGUUCACGUACGAGCGGGCGGCGUGGACGGACGAGCGCAACAACCCCGUCCCGCCCAAGGACGAGUUCGAGCUGCCCGAGGUCGAGGAUGGCAGCCACAUGCGGUGGCGCUGGGUCCCGGGCAGCAAGUGGCGUGUCGACGGGGUAUCGGACGACGCGGUCACGACGGACGACGGGCAGCUGGACUUUGAUUCCGAAGGGGGCAAAAUGGGCUGGGUUUACUACGACAACAAGUGGCAAAACGGCAAACGCGGCCAGGACAGCUGGGGCCGUUGGACGCGCCGGCGAAAGUGGUAUCGUGACGCGGAACUCGUCGAGAUCGAAUCCGAGGCGGCCACACCGACGAGCCCGCCCACGGAAGCGGAGAAGCAAGAGCAGCAGCGGACGCUCUCGCCGCCCCCACCCUACGCGCCCGAACCCAAGUCUACGGGCGGCAUGUGGGCAAGCCUCCGACCCGGGAGUCUACGACGGCGUGCUACGGACAACUCGACGGCGUCCUCGGCGGCGGCGGCGGCGGCGGCUGCUGCGUCUGGAGGUGGUGGGAGUACGAGCAGCGGAGGCUCUGGGGCCAGGAGGGGUAGGCGGACCAGCAGCGCGGCGGCGAGUCACCUGGAUGAGGAGCGAGAGGAUGUGGAUGCCAGCCUCGGGACGAGCCUAGGGCUUGAGAUCCACGGGGCUGGGAUGGAGAGGGAUCAGUGGGGGGUUGGCGAUGAAAUCAGAAUGGGGCUGGAUGUUGUUGACAACGGCUAG